AAGAGUUGCCAUUGCUGAAGAUUCUUAAUGCCAGAUAAUCAACCUACUGCUGAAUAACCAUGAAAGAGACGAGGUAGCUGCCCAAGUGUGAGAUAAAAACUGAUUUCAAUGGAUACAAAAUAUAAAGACGAUUUAUUUAGGAAGUAUGUACAGUUCCAUGAAUGCAAAUUGAGUGCCUCUGACAACAAGCAGCGUCCUAUUAAUGAUGAGUACUUGCGAGUGGCAGCGGCAGCCUUACUUUGCCUUCCCAAAAUUGAUCCAUUUUAUAGAUUCCGGUUGAUCAAAUUUUACGAGAUGGCUGAAAACUCACUGAGAUCUGUGAAAUCCUCAAGUUUACAUUCUCUCCAUAAUGCAUUCAGCAUGCUCGAGACAGUUGGAAUUAAUCUCUUUCUUUACCCCUGGAAAAAGGAGUUCAAAAAUAUUAAGACCUACACUGGACCUUUUGUUUAUUAUGUAAAGUCUGCUCUAACUGAAGAUGAUGUAAGACAAAUUUUGAACUACAUGGGCUAUGUCCAAGAACUGGGAACAACGUAUAAGCUCAAAGAGCAGGUUGAUGCCAUUCAAGUGAAAAUGGUUUCAUUUGAACUCUUUUUGGCCAAAGUCGAAUGUGAGCAGCUUCUUGAAAUUCACUUGCAAGUGAAAGAUAAAGGUUAUUCAGAGAUUGAUGUCAUAAACGAACGAAAAAAUAGCAGUGAGGAUGUUAGAGGCUGCUCCGAAGCCAUGAAACGGCGUGCAGAGUGCAAAGAAAACUUAAACACUUCCAUGGCACGAAUGGUACUCCAGAAAUCAGCGAGCGAACGAGCCUCUAAAGAUUAUUUCAAGCCAAAGGUGAGCAAGCCUUCUAAAUCAGUGGACACAUAUGAUAAUUAUUGGGAAAGUAAGAAACCACCUUUGAUGAGCUCACUGAGUCUCAGGAAAGAACCGAUUUUAGUUGAUGCAGAAGAUGAUAUUAAAGAUGAAAUUAUCCGUCCGUCACCCUCUCUUCUGACAACGUCAAGCUCCCCACACGGGUGUUCAGAUGAAUUCUUGCCAACUUCAUCUCAUCACAAUGGCAUGCUAAGAACAAAUGUCCCUUACAGCUCCUAUUUUUCUGCUCAAGAGGACUUGGAUUUAUAUACUGAUCCUGAUUCUAGAAGUAUGUUAAAUUUUAAAAGACAAGAAGCUAUUAAGCCUGAUGUAUGGCUGUUAAAAAAUGAUGCCAACCCUGUUUACCACAAACGCACCCACCUAGCCAAAGAGACAGCUUCCCUCAAGUGCCAAAACUGUGGCAUACCUUGUGGCACUUCUGUUUGCCAAAAGUGUGACAAUCUGUUCAACCCCAGGCAGGAAUAUCCAGCAGUGAAACAGAGCACCUAUUCAAUCAAACCACUUCCAAAUGAUGGCUUGUCUCCUGCGUCUGCUUUAAGGGAGAAAUCUCAGUACACAUCACAGACUCAGAGUCAAGAGAGAGCUGCUCAGUUCAGCUCAAAAUCCAAACCUUCAGGCACCUCGCGCUGUGGCUUUUGUAACCGAUCUGGAGCUGCAAACACUUGCACAUUUUGUUCAAAAGUCUCAUGUGACAGUUGCCUCAAUGCUUACUAUUACGAUCCCUGCUGUAGAAAAAGCGAGCUUCACAGAUUCAUGCCUAACAAUCAGUUAAACUACAAAUCGUCCCAGCUGUCCCAUGUAGUUUAUAGAUAGACUUGAUUAGUCUGUUUUGGAGGGGAAGGAAAGGGGGAGGGGAAAGGGCUAUCCUAACUAAUGUUCUGACUCCACUGAUGAGAAAAUACACUGACCUCUUACCAAAAUGACAUGUCCAAAUAUUUGGAACCAUGGUUCAGUGAUCAGGUGCCAGUUCUUCAUUUUUGUCGCUUCACAGAUGCUGCAGAUGCAUUAGAUUUCAUGCUGCUAUAAUUUAGGUAACUCCUAAAUGAUCAUUACUUUUCAAUUUAAAUGGGGGAGAAGAGCACAUUUUUCUUUAAAACUUGGCAGCUGUUGUAUUUUGGAAAAGUGACAUCACACCUUUCUAUUCCAUUGCAGUCAUCUCCUUGCCCAAAUAAAACCAUGCAAGGCUUUAAAAGAAAGUCUAAGAUUCUCAUUUUCUAUGAGUGAUGAAACUACUGCUGGUUUUUGAUAACGUAUGACUUCAGAAUGUGCAAGAAAUAUGUGAAUGGCUUGUUUUGCCAACAAGGACUAUUUUUUUGAAGUGUGUCUGCAUUUCUUGAUCUCCAAAAUGCAAACACCACAGCAUCUCUUCCUUUCGUCUUUGUUUCUUCCUUCUCCCCUGAUCUCCCGGUUGUUUAUCUCAAGCUUAUAUAAUCUGAAUCUGGACAAUACGUGCUUUAUUUUCUGGUGUUGCCAAUAUCAUCCUACUGGGUUUUACUGUAUGGUAUUUUAAAAAGGUGAACCUGUAUUCACGUCACUUAAAUUAUGCCUAGAGUGUUGUCCUUCCAGAUGAGUACUGAUUUUCUUUACUUUCUGUUGCACAUGUGUUAAGUACUGUUCUUUGUACUGUAAAUAGGUAAUUUGGAAACAGUUUAUUUUUAAUAAAUAUUUAAUAUGUUGAGUUCUUAAAA